AUGGGCUUGAAAGAAAAUAAUGCCUUGGAAUUUCACAGCACUGGAUUUGACCAUCGUCCUGUAUAUAGGACAACCUGUAAACUCAAAGAAAAUAAGUUUCAUGCCUGUAUUUUUAAUCCUUGUAAAAAUGGUGGGACCUGCAAGAUAAAAAAUGGAAAAGUGGUUUGUGAUUGUCGAAAUUCUUACUCAGGAGAGAAAUGCGAUCAAGAUGCUUGCACUCCAAAUCCUUGUAAGAACGGCGGGAUUUGCAAAAUACAAUACGAAAAAGCUGUUUGCUAUUGUCCGGAUCCUUUUGUGGGAGAUUUAUGCGAAAAAGAUCGUUGUACUUCAGAUCCUUGUAAAAAUGGCGGCACGUGCAAGAUAAAAGAUGGAAAAGUAGUUUGCAAUUGUCCAGAUCCUUACUCAGGAGACACGUGCGAAAGUGAUCCAUGUUCUUCAGAUCCUUGCAAGAAUGGUGGUACAUGCAAGGUAAGAGGCGAGAAAGCGGUUUGUUAUUGCCCAGAUCUUUAUUCAGGAGAAAGGUGUGAAACUGAAUGCAAAUGCGAAAAUGGAUGGUGCCGAAGAGAUGUUGCUACAGAUGCCUAUUCUUGCAACUGCCAUUCAGAAUUUGGACUGUAUGCGGAGGGUGUUUGCAAAGCUUGUAAUUGUGGCAAAGAUUCCAACUGCACUUUUGAUAGAAGAGGAAAUGAAGUCCAGAAAUUCUGCAUCUGUCCUAAGGGAUUUGAAGAAAAGCAUGGAAUCUGCAAUGAUAUUGAUGAUUCCUGGAAGAUGUAUGUAGUACUUCUCAUAGCAAUUGUAACAUUGGUCAUCAUCGUACGCUUAUUAUGCUGUUGCCAACCGAUUAAAAAAGCCUACAUCCUUGGUUUUUCCGAAGAUGAUGCUCUGCCCUGUCAUCGCGAGCAACGAAUGACACGACGUUAAUGGAAAGACUAAAAAUAACUUCUAACUGUGACUGAAUCUUUUUAAUGUCACUGAAGAACACAAAAUUUUCAGACAUUCAUCAUGUUUUUUUAUCAUUAUAUGGAGAAAUGUUUUUAGCCUAUUGUUCUGUGAAAUCAUUAAAUAUUAAUUUCAACUUGAACAAGUUUAAUAAAUGAUUGUGC